AUGGAGCAGCAGCAAAUUGACGAGCUUCUUCAGCGCUACCUCGGCCUCCUAGAUGAGUAUACACAGCUGCGUCAGAGCCUAUCUCAGCUCCAGUCCGGUAUUUAUCAGAACAUCGCCCGCGCAAACUUUUCUGGCGAAAGAGGCAUGAGGUACGGUCAGGAUCACUACGACGAAAGAAUGCAAGCAACUCGCAUUCUUACUAUCCAGCAAAACGAGGAUCAUGACCCGGUCUUUGCCGUUGUCGAUUCCCCGCAGGAAGAUCAGGAAGCAGAAAAGAAAGAAGAGAAAGGCGAAGACCUUCCCACUGAAGAGUCUGGCGACAGCCCAAAGUCAGGUGCAGAUGAGGAGAAGCCGAUGGAAAAGAAACGAAAGAAGAACAAGAACCCCCUGCAUUGGUUUGGCCUGUUUGCACCCAUGCCUCUUCGCACAGCUCAAACACAAUCUGUACAAGCAGUUGAGGAUAUUAUUCCUAGGCUCGUCUCUGUCAACGCCGAGAUGCUUAAUGUUGAAAUUGAGGUGCGACGAGCUCGAAAGCGUCGUGCCAAAACAGAAGCGGCGGAGAGGAAGACCAGCCAAACUGCUCCCAGCAAUCAGCUACAGAGUACGAUUCUUGAGACAUCCUGA